UUGUAUCAUUGUGUUUCGACAUUCAAAACGUGCAUUUUUUUUUAAUCCAACAAAACUUAACACUAAUGCAGUACGUCGUACUUCUGUUGUCUUUAAUCUCAGUGGCUCGUGCAUGCUUGCCCUUCGUUGAUUGUGGUUCUAUGUAUGAAAUAACAGACGUCAAAAUCAGUGGAUGCGACAACGAAGAGGAAGUAUGUGAAGUUAAAUUGGGAGAUGUAAAAAAUUUAGAAAUUUAUUUGUCUUCCGCCCUAGAAUUGGACAGUAUGACGUCCGCGGCUUACAUUUCGAUGUACGGACAGAAAUUCCCGGUUCCUGUGAACCCCGUAAAUGUUUGCGAAACAACAUUCUGCCCCAUCACCCACACCCACAACAUUACCAAAGUUAACUCCGCAGUUACGUUCACUGGAGGCGUCAUUCCCGGUUCGGCCAAAUUGUACUUCAAUUCGACCGUGAAAAUUGACAAUGCAUCACUCCUAGCACUAUGCUUCUAUACCGACGUCAAAUUGGUUAAUUAGACUCUUUGGAUUUUAUUUUUCGCAGUAAAAUCCCGAACUGUAGUCUUGUAGGUGUAGCACAAAUAAAUUAGUAUUAGCUGCAAGAGACUGGUUUUUGUAAUUUAAUGUUUAAUUAGAUUUUGUACGUUAAUUUAUUCAAUAAACUUAGUGUUGUACAA